GCAAGAGGAAGAAGCAAGGUUAUGAUUAUUAUGAUGAUGAUGAUGACGAGUCUGAUAGUUAUGAUUAUGCCGAACCCCAAAAGCCUGAAGAGGAUGAUGUUGAUGCAUAUGUUACUGCUGAUUUAGAUGAUAGUUGGAUCUCGACAAUUUUCAUGAAGUAUUUAUACUAUAACUCAUUAGCUUAUUACUUCCAUGGGUUGAAUUUAGAGACCAAUAGAAAGUAUGGGGACGCUAUUGCAUACUUUAACAAAUCCAAGGAGAUAAUUAAGGAAAUACAUAGUCCUACACUCCGAGCAAUUUCUAAAGGAACUGGUGAUGUAUAUGAAAUCUUGGAUAACUACAAAUAUCAAAAGGAUGCAUUAGAUAUUAAAUUGAAUGAUUUGAAUAAAGAUAAUGAUUUGAUAUAUCAUGAUAUAGUUCCAUCAUUGGUUACAAUUCCAGAUAUUAAACCAAUGGACAGUACCAAGAUCAUUCCAAUUAAUCAACAUACCAUUCUUCAAGAAAUUAACGAGCAAAACUAUAACAAUUUCUUGACAAAUGUUGUUCCAAUCAAUAUUCAUGAGUUAUCUAGUUUCUAUUCAGAAGAAAAGUCUCAAUUUUUGAGAAAUGAAAUGGAUUUAGUAGAUGUCUCCAAUGAAGAAGUUGAAUCAGUAUUAGAAUAUUUGAAAUUACCCAAAUCAUUAAUUGAGAUCAAGGAAAUGUUCAACUUUGCUCAACAAGGAACUGAAAUUCCAUCACAGAUUAAAGAUAAAGUUGCUGAAAUAGCUUCUAGUUAUAAUCAAGAUGCACAAACCAAGUCUUCAAUCGAGUCUUUGAGAAGACAAAUAUUGGAAACCAUUUCUGCCUGUGAUUCCAAAUUAUCCGGUCUGUUCUCAAACAAAGACGAGUUGAUUCAGUUAAAGAAGGUAUUAUAUGAUGCUACUAAUUCUGAUCAGAAGUUAUUCUCGUUAAUUGAUCCUUCCCUCUACUCGAUUCUUUCCAAGGGGCCAGAUUCAACUGAAUUCACCGGCCUUUUCGAAGGACAAGAUGAAAUCAAACAAGCGGCGCCAGAAGUCAGCUUGCUAGAUAUAGAUGAUAGCAAGCAAGAUUCGGAUGUUGUUUCCUCAAACAUCAAGAGAUUGGAAGAUAUUUUACAUGAUAUCCAUAUGGCCAAGUCUCAAAAGAUGAAAUUGAUGGAGAAAUUAAAGACUGAAAUCCAUAAUGAUGAUAUUUCUGAUAUCCUUAUUCUCAAUAGUAAGCUUAAGUCAAGUAAUGAGAUUAGAACCGUGAUUUUUCCUGAGGAGUUAAAGAAAUUUAACCCUUACAAUGAAGAGUUAGAUAAGUUAGUUACCAAGGAGAAAUCAUUCAUCAAUGAUUUGAAAUCCAAUUGGAACAAUUUGGUCACAAACCCCCAGGUUAAGAAUAUGACUAAAAAUAGAGUAUCAUUAGAUAAGAAAGUUUCUGAACUGACUGGAAGAAUUAUCGAAUUUUAUGAAAAUUGGAAAAAGUAUCAUGCAGGGUUAGCCAAGGGGCGAAAUUUUUAUCAAGAUUUGUUGAAUCAUGCUUCCAAAGUCAAGAACGAUAUUGAAAUGGGAAUUAAGAUGAAUGAAGGAUUCAAGAAUUUGAAUGUUGGAGCACCAACAGGAGGCCAACAGCAAUACCAGCAGUUUACUGGAGGAUCUCAAGAAGGCUAUAGACAACAAGUAGCCUCACCUCAAUCCUCUGGGCAUAAUUAUCAACAAUAUGCUUCUCCUCAGUCUACUGGUCAAAAUUAUCAACAAUAUGCGUCUCCUCAAUCUACAGGACCAUCAUAUCAACAACAACCACCAACAGCUCAACAGUUUCCACCCCAACCAAUGGUGAAUAGGCAUGAUUCAUAUCUGGCCCAAUAUCCUUCUCAGCAACAAUCCCAAUCAUCACAAUAUCAACCAGCUCAAGCACAGACUCAACCGCCUCAAUAUCAGUCUCAAUAUCAACCACAGCCUCAAUAUCAAGGUCCGCCACCAUUAGUCAAUAGAGGGUCUACUGAUGCUAGUGGAUUUGGGUAUCAACAUAGGCAAAACCAGAUACCACCACAACAACCCCCUGUAUUGAAUAGACCAUCAACAUUUGAAUCAAACCCCUCUAUGACUUACACACCACCAAUUCAAUCUGGGCAGUACGGUCAAGCACCAUUACCACCACAAGGAUAUUCUCGCCCACCACAAUUACCUCCUAAGCAACCAUCGUAUAGUCAACCACUGGCACCUAAGCCACCAGUGCCACCUCAAGUACCAUCUCAAGCACAACCACCACCACCACAACAACAACCUAGUGGACAAGUACCAUGGAAUCAAAACGAGGCCAACAAGAGUAACAAUAGCUUGAUCUACGAUCAACCAUCCACUUAUAAUCCGAACAUGUAUAACUUCUUCUCUUCGAAUUAAAUAAAGUGAAUGAAUGUUAGUAUUUAGAGAGAUUUGUAGUAAUGACCAAAACCGUUGCGUGUAUCUUGCAGUUGACGAAUAAAGGGUACAUUCACAAUAAACAUUUCACACGUAGCCGGUUAUUUAUUCCAAGAAAUAAAGCACGGAAUUCCGGGUUUUUGUGAUAUUUACAUGUGAACGAUUGUGGGGGGCAGGGCAGUUCGUCUUGGCGAUGUAAAUAAACAGUUAAAUUUUAGUUUGAUCUUAAUAUUACGAAGAUUACGCGUAUUUAUUAUAAACAACGAUAAUAAAGAGUAGCUUGAAUCAAACAUCUCUAUUUAAAGAUCUCAAGAAAUAGCGAGAUAACACAGGAUAAAAAUAGAAACUUUUUGCCGCUUGAGCAGAUAUAUUAUGACACCAGAUUUGCUUUUUGGUGGCAACUUCGGAAUAAAUAUAAAGAAUAUUUGCAAGCCACUCAAAUUAAUAUUGUUUGGUUUGCAAGCCCCAAUGCCGGGGUGACGACAAAAAAAAAGUGGGCUAUGCUAUGCUAUACACAUGUCUAUGUAUUAAUGAACGAAACUAAAGUGCAAUUCAAUUUUCUUGUUGUUAGAUUUAAGAAUUGGCUUGACCAAGGAAUACGCGCAAGAACGAUUUUGUUUGAAACACAUAUAGUUCUUGAAUCGACAACUUCGGUUAGUGUUGAUGUUUAUAAAUGCAAUUGCAUACUACUUGUUAGUUUAAAUCUCAAUCAUAUUUUGUGGCUUUUGUCAUUUAUGUAUUGAUCACUAAACGUCAUAUUUGAAAUGUAUCAUUCAUUUGUAAGUUAUACGACAUUAAAGUAAAUACAUUAGUUAACUACAAAACAAUCAGAAAAUAAAUACAAGAAAAAAAAAUAUUUAGGUUGAGAUUCCAAAUUGGG